AUGUUCUCAAACAACGACGAAGCUGUGAUCAACAAGAAACUUCCAAAAGAGCUGCUGCUUCGGAUUUUCUCUUUCCUGGAUGUGGUCACUCUGUGUCGUUGUGCUCAAGUUUCCAGGGCGUGGAACGUUCUGGCCCUGGAUGGCAGUAACUGGCAGCGAAUUGACCUCUUUGAUUUCCAGAGGGAUAUCGAGGGUCGAGUAGUCGAGAACAUUUCGAAGCGAUGCGGCGGGUUCCUGCGCAAGCUGAGCCUGCGGGGCUGCCAGGGAGUGGGAGACAACGCGUUAAGGACGUUUGCACAGAACUGCAGGAAUAUUGAAGUGUUGAACCUGAACGGCUGCACCAAGAUCACAGAUGCCACGUGCACCAGCCUCAGUAAGUUCUGCUCGAAGCUCAGGCACCUCGAUUUGGCUUCCUGCACCUCCAUAACCAACCUCUCCCUGAAAGCUCUCAGCGAGGGCUGCCCGCUGCUGGAACAGCUGAACAUCUCCUGGUGCGACCAAGUGACCAAGGACGGGCUGCAGGCGCUGGUGCGGGGCUGCGGGGGGCUCCGAGCCCUGUUCCUGAAGGGCUGCACGCAGCUUGAGGAUGAGGCUCUGAAAUACAUCGGUGCACAUUGCCCCGAGCUGGUGACUUUAAACCUUCAGACGUGCUUACAAAUAACAGAUGAUGGUCUCAUUACAAUAUGCAGAGGAUGCCACAAGUUACAGUCCCUGUGCGCUUCAGGCUGCUGCAACAUCACCGACGCCAUCCUCAACGCCCUGGGACAGAACUGCCCGAGGCUCAGGAUAUUGGAAGUCGCGAGGUGUUCGCAGCUGACGGACGUGGGCUUUACCACUCUCGCCAGGAACUGCCACGAGCUUGAAAAAAUGGACCUGGAAGAGUGUGUCCAGAUAACAGACAGCACGCUCAUCCAGCUCUCCAUCCACUGUCCGCGGCUCCAGGUCCUGACGAAGGGAUUUGAAGCGCUGCCCGCGGGGAUUUGUCUCUCUGUGACUUCAGAGAGACCUUGCAACAGCUCGGCCGCAAACGUGACCCUGCAGAAACCAUUGUCCCUCCUCUCCCGCGAGCGUGAGUCGCGCGCCAGGCACCCAGGGCUCCCCGAAAACAGCGUCAGGACACUCGAUUCUCCGGGCACCAGCCCGUAA